AUGUUAGCUCAUAAAAGCACAGCUGCGGGAGGAGUUCUUAAGGGGUGUGAUGGGAGAUUCAUCAAGGCGUUUGAUGUCAAUCUAGGUGGAGGUUCGAUAACUCAUGCAGAGUUGAGAGGUAUAGCUCAUGGACUGCGUAUUGCCUGGGAUGAGGGGCUCCGGAAAGUUUUACUACAGACUGACUCGACAACAGCAAUCAGCCUGCUGAAAGAUGAGGAUUCCCACACAAUCCCCAUUACACCUUGA